GGGAGGGGGGGCUCCUGCUCGAGGGGAAGCGGUUGGUGACGCUCGUGGCGCCGCGGAGGCGGGAAGUGACUCGCGCCUCGUUUGCAUUUUCCAGGAAGAGAAAAAAAAAUCGAUUGGAUAAGUGCGUUCGGGCGACGGGAACCAGAGGUUUAUAAACUCGGUUAAUUGUAUCCCCCCCAACGGCUAAGAGUUUAUAUUCUGUGUGUGGGGAGAAGGGGAAUCAGGUAAGAGUUAAAGGGGGAGUUAAAACAGUUACCGGAGGAAGAAGGUCGCGUCAGGCAGGAAGGAGAGAGAGAGACGAGUUCAAGUCGUGUUAUUGGGGAAGAAAGAAGAGAAAGAAAACCGUUGUUUGCUGAAUUAAAAACCUCCACCGGAGAACAAAAGGACCUAUUCAACGAGGGAGAAAAGUUUUUCCUGAACUUGUAGAAAACACUGUUGAGAAAUUUGCAGUUUCGCAACUCCUGGGGAUUGGCGUAAUCCUAUUUGCUGUUAAUAUUGCCUCAAGCAAUUCUCAACUCCCAGCACGACAAUCUCAUUUCGUGAAAUGGACAGCAAGACACCUGAAGUCAAGCGAGGCGGGACUGACUCUAAACAGGAUUACCUUUGCCAAAAAGCCGAAGUACUAGAGAGAGAACAAUGGCAAAACAAAAUGGAAUAUGCUCUUUCUGUUGCUGGAGAAAUUAUUGGGCUGGGCAAUGUUUGGCGAUUCCCUUACCUUUGUUACAAGAAUGGAGGAGGUGCCUUCUUGAUUCCUUAUGUUAUAUUCCUUAUCAUCUGUGGAAUCCCAAUGUUUUUUUUGGAAACUUCCCUUGGACAAUAUACAAGAGAGGGUGGAAUCACAUCCUGGAGAAAGAUCUGCCCCCUCUUUGAGGGUAUUGGAUAUGGCUCACAAGUAAUAGUUUUGUACCAGAUUGUGUAUUACAUCCUCAUUCUAGCCUGGGCCUUCUUCUACCUCUUCAGUUGUUUUUCUGCUGAGCUGCCAUGGGCCAACUGCAAACACGAGUGGAACUCAGAUACCUGUGUGGCAUUCACAAAGAACUCUUCAGUCAGCAACUUGACAAGUGCAAUAAAUAUCACCUCACCGGUUGUUGAGUUUUGGGAGAAACGCGUCUUGAACUUAUCAGAUGGGAUUGAACAUUUAGGAACCAUCAAGUGGGAGCUGGCCCUUUGUCUCCUUCUGUCCUGGACUGUCUGCUAUUUCUGCAUCUGGAAGGGAGUAAAGGGGACUGGCAAGGUUGUCUAUUUUACUGCUACCUUCCCGUACGUGAUGUUGACCAUCCUUCUGAUCAGAGGCUUGACACUCCCUGGUGCUGUUGAGGGAAUCAAAUAUUACCUUUACCCUGAUAUGUCCAAGCUAGCUGAUCCUCAGGUGUGGAUGGAAGCUGGAACCCAGAUCUUCUUUUCUUAUGCUCUCUGUAUUGGAUGCCUCACAGCCCUGGGAAGCUACAACAAUUUCAAUAACAAUACUUACAGAGAUUGCUUCUUAAUGAGUGCUUUGAACAGUGGUACAAGCUUCCUGUCUGGAUUUGCCAUCUUUUCUGUGCUGGGCUUCAUGGCAUAUGAAGAGAAAGUACACAUCUCUGAAGUAGCAGAGGCAGGACCUGGUCUGGCGUUCAUCAUAUAUCCCAGAGCAGUGAACAUGAUGCCUUACCCCCAGCUCUGGGCCUGUUUAUUCUUCUUAAUGAUCAUCCUUAUGGGUCUGGACAGUCAGUUUGUAUCUAUGGAGAGUCUGGCAACAUCAAUCACCGACAUGUUUCCUAAGACUUUAAGAAAGAAGUAUUGCCGGGAGCUCCUUAUUCUGGCCAUUGCAAUCUUGUGUUUCUUUGCUGGUCUGAUCAUGACGACUGAGGGUGGAUUGUACAUCUUUCAGCUGUUUGACUACUAUGCAGUCAGUGGAACAUGUAUGUUGUUCCUGGCAACUUUUGAAGCUUUGGUCAUUGCUUGGAUUUAUGGUGCUGAUCGAUUCUAUGACAAUAUUGAAGACAUGAUCGGGUACAGGCCCCCAGCCUUCAUGAAGUGGUGUUGGAGUUAUUUCACUCCAGGCGUUUGCAUUGCUACUUUUAUUUUUUCAUUGGUUAAAUACACACCUGUGAAAUACAAUAAUACGUAUGUAUAUCCGAUGGGGGCGCAUGUGUUUGGCUGGUUCUUGGCACUUUCCUCCAUGCUGUGCGUUCCACUCUGGGUUGUGUACAAGAUCAGCACAACUAAAGGCUCUUUAAAACAACGAAUACGCCACCUCAUCCUCCCUGCUGAUGACCUGGUCCAGUUUAAGAACUCCAAGAAAGAUCCACUUAUGUACUGUGCGCCACAGCUAGAUUUCAACAUUCCUUCAGCAGACAAUAAGGACAGACAAUGGUGUGCAACAGAAAAGGAAAGUUUUAUGUAAGAAUUGGAGAAAAGAGAAAACUGUUUCAUUCUGAAACACAGGAAGUGGUGUCCAUGACCUGGUGAACUUGGCUUACAGAAGCUUAUGUACUGCAGUGUUGCAGUCUGUCCAGAAUGUGUGCUCAGUAAUACAAUGCACCAAAUGUUUGCAUUCAGUUUCAUCAAAAACUUGUAAAAUCUUAAGCUUGUAUUGGCAUCUCCUGCUUUCAGUGAUUAUGUCCUUGGCCGUUGCUUCUGAACUGAUAGCUCAGCCAAAUUCUUCUCUGUAAUUGAGGUAUUCUGGCUGGAGGUGCAAAAUUACUUUGCGUACUUCUAAUGGUCCUUCUGAAAACCAAAUUGUGACCGUGCAGACGUGUCAUGAUGGCAAAAGGACAGUAAAGGAAGUGGAGCUUUUAUGAAGGAGAUAAAAUAUUUUCUGAUGAAAUAGAGAGGAACGCAUUCGGCCAGUGUCGACAGCUUGUCAUGUGUAAUUUUUUAGAGUGACUCAGUGGCUGAAAGAAAGUUUUAAUUGUUUCAUCUAAAUUUUGACUUACUGUUUGAAUUUUGGAUGUUGGCCUUCGUUGCCAAUGAGAUAAAACCACAUAUAAUCAGGCUUAUAGAUUCCUUUUCAGACUCCAUUACUAAUUUUCUUGGGGAACAUCACUGUCUCCAUUAUCAAUUAGACUUUAAAUAACAUCAGCACAACAAGCAGAAUUGAGGCAAAUGGCAGCCCAUUAAACAAGAGGGUACAUGCUUGAAGGUGUAACCUAACAUCCUUGUAUUUCAUCUUCUGCUCUCAUCUGCACAGCUUCUAACUUGAGCAUUUUUUAAAAUUGCAUCACUUCACAUUCACAUAACAUCGCUGUACUCCAAGGAUGUAGAGUGCAACUGAGGACCCCUUAUUGGAUUCCACUACAGUGAUACGUAUCCUCUCAGUUUAGUUGAAAGUUUAGUUUAAACUGGUGAUCAUUCAUUUGAAGUGAGACUGCUUCUUUAAAUCACUCAAUUGUUUUGAUAAAUAGCGUUGAAGGACAACUGAAGGAGUCAUUGCUGGAGGAAAAGAUUAAAAAGUAAUCUAUUUAGAAAUUCACUAAUGUGAACACUCUGAUAAUUAAACAAGGCCAUGGGGUGUUUGACCCCUCCUGAAUGUGGACCCAGAGUUGGACAUGAGAUUCAAAAAUAUUCAAUCCAGGAGCAUGGGAACAAACCACGGCAUUUUCUGCCACCGGCUGUGUGCAAAGAGAAGAGCUUUGAAACAAUUCCGGAAGUACAUUUUGAAUGCUCAGACCAUAAUACAGCCUUUGUAUACUUUUUACUUUGGUUUACUUUGUAUAAAUUGGGGCAGAUUGUCCACUGAUUAGAAACGUUUCUGAAACUGGUAGAAUAUGAAAACUGCAGCCGAGAACAUGGCUAAGGGAAUACAUUGUCAAUGCAAAUCAAAUUCCAAUUCUUUACAACUUUAAUUAAGACUAUUUGUACACAAUGUAGUGAUAAGACACAAAUUGAGCUCAUUAAGAGAUUAUUAUUUGGAUGAUGUUUCAAAUUUGGAAAUUUCCAUUGUUCGUGUUGACCAAAUGCAUCGUUUAUAUCCUGGCUUUUGUAUCGAAGGUGCAUCUUAGCAGAAUCUCUGAGAUGGACGUAUAGUCCUAUUGGAGGUUUUUGGAGUUGUAUGAUUGGAUUGCCAUUGACGUUGAUAGCAGUGUCAGAUAGGUGACAUGUUGGAGGAAGGGCAGAUGCCACAUUUGAACUAGAGGAUGUGCAGAUAUCUUUGACUUACAAGACUUGAUAAUGUGAGAGAGGAUCGACAGGUUGCACGGUGAGAGCAUCCUUCUACGACAAGUCAAAGAAGCAGUGCUUGAGGAGGAUGCUAAUUUUUAAUGAUGCCUUUACAGAUCCAUUUGGCAGGAGAUCUCGCAACUGCAUUACUGUGUCUAAAGGUCACAAAGCAUCAGUAAAAAUUGCCACGAUUUUUAAAUAUUGCUUUUGCUCUUAACUUUCUAAGGCACUGCAGGGAAUAGAAGUGGCAACAACUAGAAUUCAGGUAUCCCUUUUAGACCAAUAACUGAAGUCUCUGGAUAGUGAAGUCAAAAGAUUGAACCACUUUCUCUUUUGUAAGAUCUGUGAGGUGAGGGAGUGGCAACAAGCAAUUUAAAUUGGAGGAAUUCCCAACUGUCCCCAUGUAAUUGCCUACAGAUACUGCAAAAAGGUUUGCUUUCCCUAAAUGUUCAGUGACUGAAAAGUGAGCAUCAACAAAGAGUCAUUCAAUUAAAUGCUAAAUUUUCUAAGGGCGUACACUCAUUAAAUUCAAUAAGAGCUACUACUUGUAUUUAUAUAGCGCACCUCAUGCAGUGUGGUGUCUCGACGUGCUUUAAUUUCUUAAACACAUUAAGAGUUUUAAGAGUCAGAGGUGGAUUCUGGGGACCCGGAUAUUCUUCUUCGUCAUUAUUUUAAACAUGCUAGGUACGCUUUGGCAUAUUGAAACAGCCAUUUAGAUAUUUGGACAGAUUGGAUAGGCUCUGAAGUACACUCCCGUAAAGUGGACAAAACAUCAUUGCAUGCUGCAGUGUUGUAUCAUUGAUUGAGGGUUACCUGUGAAAUCAGAACAUGGAGAAUAUAAGGAAUUGAUGGACCAGGUGUGGCAACAUUGAAUCUUCAAGAUUUCCCUGAAGAAGCAGAGACUGUGGGAACACAGAAUUAGGAAAUUAUUUCCUUGAGAGAGAUCCAUUCCAUUUCAUCUUUAGGAACUCCUCUGAAUAACUGUGACAGUAAUUUAUCAUUAUCAUGUAUUUACACAGGCUGGUCUUCUCUAUCUGGACCUGCUUUCGGUUUCCAAUUGUUUCUUUUCAAUAAAGAGAACCUAACAGGUUGAACAAA